CUGGACAUCUGCCUUUCAUUCUUGCCCACUUUAAAGCUCUUUCUGUUCAGCAGCUAGAAUGAGUCUUAAAAAAAAGAAAGAAAAAGAGGGCUGUGGUGGUAUUGUGUUCCCCAAAAUAUUGUGUACCCUAAUAAAUUUAUCUGGGGUCAGAGAACAGACAGCCAAUAGAUACAAAGGCUAGAAAAUGGUGGCACACACACCUUUAAUCCUAGCACUCCAGAGGUAGAAAUCCCUCUGGAUCUCUGUGAGUUCAAGGCCACAUUGAAAAUGGCCAGGCAUGGUGACACACGCCUUUAAUCCCAGAAAGCAGCCUUUAAUCCCAGGGAGUGAUGGUAGAAAGGAAAGAUAUAUAAGGCAUGAAGACCAGAAACAAGAAGCAUUUGGCUGGUUAAGCAUUUGGCUGGUUAAGCUUUUAGGUUUUGAGCAGCACAGUUCAGCUGAGAGCCAUUCGGAUAUGAGGACACAGAGGCUUCCAGUCUGAGGAAACAAGACCAGCCGAGAAGUUGGCAAGGUGAGGUAGCUGUGGCUUGUUCUGUCUCUCUGAUCUUCCAGUGUUCACCCCAUAACUGGCCUCGAGUUUGAUCUUAUUAAUAAGAACUGUUAAGAUUCAUGCUACAGAGAGCUGGCAAGAUGGCUGAGCAGGGAAGAGCACUUGGUGUUCUUGCAGAAGGCCAGAGUGGUUCCCAUCACCCCAUGUUGGGUGGAUCAUACUUGCCUAUAAUCCUAGUUCCAUGGACUUUAACACCCUUUUCUGGCUUCUGUGGACACCUGCACACAUGCUCUCAUAUACCUAACAUGAUUCAUAAGUAGUGAUUUGUUCAUCUAUGUAAGCCUUUAUAACCUGAUUGCUGCAGGAGUGUGGAGGUUGAUUCUGUUUUGUUCCUUGUUGCAUAUCCAGGAAGCUUGAGGAUGAUUUUAAUUCUGUGUGUUCGGAAGGUUUAUGCUGAGGUGAAGAGACUCUGUUCUUGAAUGUCUUUGUUUGGUCUUUAGUGUUCUUACAGUUCUCACGUUUCAUGUAUGGAGCCUGUAUGCGCUGUGUUUCUGCGUGCAGGGUGGAUCCCUGAGACCUUGGAGGAAUGGAAGCUUCUCCUACAUCUACUACAGAACAAGAGCACGAGGCCAACUCCGCAGGAGUCACUGAAUGGGAGCCUCAGUGAUGGGCCUGCCCCCAUCAAUGUGGAGAAUGUGGCACUCUUGUUAGCUAAGGCCAUGGGCCCAGAUCGGGCUUGGUCACUGCUACAGGAAUGUGGUCUAGCCCUUGAGUUGUCGGCAAAGUUUACCAGAACCUGUGACAUCCUGAGGAUCGCUGAGAGAAGACAGAGAGCGCUGAUACAAGCCAUGCUUGAGAAGUGUGACCGGUUCCUCUGGUCACAGCAGGCCUAGUGGGAGAUCUGUCGGGACAUGGUAUCAUUUUGACCAAGUGGAAUCCUGCUCCGGAACCUUCAGAGGACUUUGCCACAGAAGGAAAGGGGAUACCCCAAACCAUGCCAGGAACAGAACCUGCCAUGCUGCUGCAGCUGCUCCUGCCACCAUCUCCACCUUGGCACUUGGCUCUUGGCUCUUGUG